AUAUGUCUUUAACCGCCAUGUUGAGUAUUAAGGCUGAACGUAGACGAAUAACAUGUUAAGAAGAAGGAGGAAAAUUUGAAUAUGACAAUCUACAAAUGUAUCGUGCUUCAAGAGAUAAAUUCUUUCUUUCCUUUGGAAUAUUUGUCGGAUAUCUAAUCGGUGUCUUUAUUCUCAAUUUGUUUUGUACAUUAAAUUUCAAGACAAAGACAGUUCCAAUUAAGCAUGAACCUCUUAAACUGCCAAAACCAAAUAGAAAAACUUUAUAUGUUGGAGUUAUGACAGCUGAAAAAUUCUUAAAUAAUAGAGCAACAUCUUGUAAUUCGACAUGGGCGAAUCAUUCAAAGGUGGAAAUUGAAUUCUAUUCUCAGGGAGGCUCAAUCAAAUCUCAUGGAUUAUCUAUUGUAAAUCUAAAGGGAGUUAAUGAUAGCGAUUAUCCACCGCAAAGGAAAAGUUUUAGGAUGCUUCAACACAUAUGUCGAAAGAAAAUUAAUGAUUUUGAUUGGUUUUUAAGAGCAGACGACGACGCCUUUUUUCAAAUAGAUAAAUUGUUAUUAUUUAUAAAUUCGUUGGAUUCAGAACGUUUGAUAUAUUUAGGUCAGCCUGGAUUGGGUACUGCAAAAAAAAAAGAUAAAUUAAAUCUCGGCAACAGAGCCUAUUGUAUGGGUGGUCCCGGUGUCUUUUUUUCUAGGGCUCUACUACGUCAGAUAUGCCCUUACUUACAACUAUGCCUUGAAGAAGUACAAUCUGAACACGAGGAUGUUGAAGUUGGUAGAUGCGUGACAAGAGUUGCUAAUGUUGAAUGCUCACAAGCGAAUGAAAUGAGACAAUUGUUUUAUUUCAACUAUUUUGAGAGAUCUGGAUCGUUUACUGACAAUUUAGAUAAUCAUAAAAAGCAUAUUCUACCUUCCCUUUCGCUCCAUCCAAUUAAAAAUUCAAGCUACAUGUAUAGAAUGCAUAAUUUUCUUUUAGCGGAGAAAAGUCUACAAAUUCGCCAUAAAAUUCAUAAAUUGAAGGAAGAACUUAAAGAUGAUUUAAAUGAUGAAUUGAAAAAGCCAUUAAUAUGGACAUCGUUCGACCAUAGGACAUUAACAACUACUAAACAUAAAACACCUAAAAGAGGUGUACCUGUUUCUUGGAAUUCAACAACAACAGAAGUAUUAAGACAAGUAUUUCAAAUAUUAAAUGCAAAUUCGUCAAGAAGAUUAUUCGAAGCUGAACUGAUAAAAUUAAGAAAUAGCUAUAUAAGAAUUCAUCAUAAAAGAAUUGAUUAUAGACUAUUUAUUUAUUAUAAAAUAUUACAAACUGGUAAAUAUAUUAAAAGUAAGAAUUUGGCAUUAAACUUUAAAAGAGAUUUACAUGAUUUGGAAUUCAAAGAGAUUAGUAAAGAAAAACAACUAUACAACUUUAAUCAAAUGAUUAAAUUAUCCUUAAAAAAGUUGAAAGAUCGUUUCACGAAUAUUAUUAGUUUUAAUAAUAAGAUUCAAUUGAUCAAUUGCAGGAGAAAGGAUAAAACUAUAAAUAUUAUACUUCCAUUGGCUGGGAGAUUUAAAAUAUUUCAAAGAUUUAUGACAGAUCUAUCUAAAAAAGUACUGAUUUGUAAAGAAGAGAUUUCAUUAACUGUUAUUUAUCCAAAAAUGCAAUACGAUAAAGACAAUUCAACAGAUAAAGUUGUUCAAUUAAUUAACGACUAUCAAACUGUAUUUAAUCAUCAUACUUUACGAGGUGUUUUAAUUAAUUGAUUAAGUAUUUAACCUUUAUUUAAGUAUUUAAAUUUCCUUUUGUUUUUUUUUCUUUCAAGUUAUUCUUGUAGAUAGAACGUUCAAUCGUGCUUUUUACCUGCAAACUGGUGCUGAUAUUAUGAGUAAAAAUGAUUUUAUGUGUUUUAUGGACGUUGAUUUGGUAUUUGACGAUAGUACUUUAUGGCGUUUCUCACAGAAUUCUAGGAGAAAAGAACCGUAUUUUCCAAUAUUUUUUGCCGAAUAUAAGAAAAAGAAACCAACACCGGAUAAUGGCUAUUGGAGAGAUUCUAGUUUUGGUAUGCUGUGUACAUAUAAAGAAGAUUUUGAUAAUGUUGGGGGAUUCAAUCUUAGCAUUGUUGAUUGGGGAAAGGAAGAUAUAGAUUUAUACGAUAGAUUUGUAAAAGCAAACUAUCAAACAAUGAGAUCUAUUGAUCCGGAAUUGAAGCAUAUAUUUCAUCCUAUAAAAUGUGAUAUUGCGAAUACUGAACAGAGAAAUAUGUGCUUAAAAGUCAAAGUUGAAACGAUAACAUCAACUCAACAAUUGGCAAAGACAAUUCUAACCGAAUAUGAAAUUUAUAAUAGAAUGACUAAAAUUCAUACUUUAUACAAUACAUCAACUCCAAUGACCUAAUUAAA